AUGACGACCAUGGAUCUACGCGUCGGUAACAAGUACCGUAUUGGCCGAAAGAUUGGAUCGGGAUCUUUCGGUGACAUCUACUUGGGCACCAACAUCAUAUCGGGAGAGGAGAUUGCCAUCAAGCUGGAGAGCGUGAAGGCGAAGCAUCCCCAGCUCGAAUACGAGGCCCGCGUAUACAAGUCUCUGGCUGGCGGUGUUGGUAUCCCCUUUGUCCGCUGGUUCGGUACCGAAUGUGACUACAAUGCCAUGGUCUUGGACCUCUUGGGCCCCAGCUUGGAGGAUCUCUUCAACUUCUGCAACCGCAAGUUUACUCUGAAGACGGUCCUUCUCCUCGCUGAUCAGCUCAUCUCGCGAAUCGAAUACAUUCAUGCCAAGUCGUUCAUCCACCGCGAUAUCAAGCCCGACAACUUCCUCAUGGGCAUCGGCAAGCGAGGCAAUCAAGUCAACGUCAUCGAUUUUGGUCUUGCCAAGAAGUAUCGUGACCCCAAGACUCACUUUCACAUUCCCUACCGUGAGAACAAGAACCUCACCGGUACCGCCCGAUAUGCCUCGAUCAAUACUCAUCUUGGUGUUGAACAAUCUCGCCGUGACGAUAUGGAGUCGCUUGGUUAUGCUGCCACCAAGAAGCAGAAGUACGACCGCAUUAUGGAGAAGAAGAUGACGACCCCGACUGAGGUGCUUUGCCGUGGCUUCCCCAACGAGUUCGCCAUCUAUCUGAACUACACGCGUUCGCUCCGAUUCGACGACAAGCCCGACUACAGCUAUCUCCGAAAGAUUUUCCGUGAUCUCUUCGUUCGUGAGGGCUUCCAGUACGAUUAUGUGUUCGACUGGACAGUCUACAAGUACCAGCGAAACUUGAACACCAGCUCGUCCUCGCAGGCCGCCAACCCCAAUGCUGUUGCUGCCCCAGGCGCUCCGGGUGCCAAGCCCAACGCCACCUCGUCCCGCCGACGACCUCAGGAGCCCGAGGGUGAUCACGGUGUUGACCGACUGUGA